AUGGAACGGGAUGCAGCUUCCAACAUUUGGACGAUUUGGUAUGCGUCGCAGUAUGGCAAAGUCGAGCGAGUACGCUCGCUUUUGGACCGCAAAGCUGCCGCCUCAAUCGAUGUUCAAGAGUUUCGAACACGUUGGAGUCCGCUGCAUUUCGCCUGUCGAUACGGACACAGCUCCUUGGUCGAACAUCUCGUUGCUCGAGGAGCCAAUGUGGAUUUGCAAGACUGGCAAGGAAACACGCCUUUGCAUUUGGCAGCUGGGUGGGGAGAUCUGCAGUGCGUGACGCUGGUGCUAGAAGGAGGUGCUGACGUCCGACGGAAAAACCUUAAAGGCGACACACCGCUGGAUCUCUCUGUCUCAUUAUCUCGUCGAGAUCAUACUCGUUUACUGAAAGACUGGAAGCCGCUGGGUUUAAGUGGUGAAGAGUUAGCAGAGUAUCGUCAGCAGCUUAUCGCCAACGACACCACAGUCAAAGAGUUCGAGCGCGCGUUGGCGGAAGAACGUAAUUCAAGUAUUCGACUGGAGCUUCAGGCCCUUCACUUUAAACGCCAGUGCUUUGGGGUGAACCACCCUGGUCUUCUUGGGACGUACAGCAAGCUCGUGAAUCUGUACAGGGAAGACGGAAAGUUAGAGGCUGCAUUCGCUAUGGCUGACUGCGGCUUGACACUCUGUGAGACCACCCACGGUCGUAGUCAUUUAGAGACGGCCCGAUGGGUUAGUGCGCUUGCUGAGAUGUUAUUACUACGUGAAAGCUUCGACCAAGCAAUUCACUGCUUCAUGGAAGCACUCAACACGCUCACAGCCUUGAAGGGCGAAUCGGAUCAUGAGACGUCGAUUGCACUAGAAAACCUGGCAAUCGCGUGCUACAAUGCCAAGCUCUUCCAUCUAACAGUACGACUAGCGUCUGUCCUCCUUGCUCAGAAACGAACGGACGAAGCUCGUGACUUGUUUGAGCGGUGCUUGAAGCACGCUGAAAACUUGUUCGGGCCCUCCGACGAGCAAACUGUGACGUGCACCGAUGCCUUGGGAAAAUGCUGCUUCUUGCUGGGUGACUUCGCGGUGCGCCCUCGCGAUUGGUCUGUCCUUUCCGUUCUGUUUAGAGCCAUUCUAACGUAUCUCGCUGCUGCUGCAGGAAGCCGAAACAUACUUCAAGCGCUCGCUAGCAGUGAUAAUGCGUCUGCCCAAUCCCGGCCCUGCUGGGACAGCGUUGCCUCCAUCCAGACAGGACCGAUUCCGUCGCGUGCAGAGCAAUUUGGCCAUGGUAGCGGUAGCCGCGAGAUCUGCCAAAGCUGUGCACGCGCAUCUUGA